UUUGUUUUCUCGACGCGUCUCAACUAUUCAGCACAUCCGAUCAAAUCAACAUAAGCGACAGCAACGACUAGCCACGAGUUGGGAAGACCGUUUGAGAUCAAAUCAUUCCUAUACAGCCAGUCGGUCAGCGCGUAUCGAGGGCCCCUUGGGACAUAGUGCUCGCCUUGCGAGGUCUUGUUUUGCGCAAACCCACUUCAACGCGUCCCCAUGUUCAAAUCAAGAAUGGAGCAACAAUUUGCAUGCUGAACCACAUUUACGACCGCGAAACGCCAUCCCUAUCUGGACAGCGCGUUCUGAAGGAAACACACAGCUUGAGGCUUGUGUAAGCAACGCUAUCUGUCGUGAUCUGUAAACCCACCAACACAACGCACCAUGCCGACCUUACAGAUCACCCCGACCUCUGCAGAGCUGUUGCAGGCUGUCGCCGACACGCUUGGCAAGGCGAAAAAGGUUGUCGUGGUUACAGGAGCCGGGAUAAGCACAAACUCAGGCAUACCUGACUUUCGCUCCGAACAUGGUCUUUACUCCCUGAUCCAGGCUCAGUUCGACAAGGCCGAGGCUUCCGGGGCUAUCGAAGACGAAGACACGUCCAGCGAUGCCGACAUGAACGACAGACCCAUCAAGCGGAGGCGGAUGUCAAGAACACACAACGCGUCUCGCGCAAGCAGUCCGCCCAGCAACGCCUCUGAGUCGAGCGUUGAAGAAUCGCCAAUCGUAGCGUUUCCUGGACUGAGAUCAAGGAAAAGUUUCACAUGUGCCAACCAUGAGCCAGUCACGGAUCUCCCCAGACAGCGCGCCACAGGGUUGCCCCCCGUUGAAGCAAACAUCAAGUUGUCUACAACAAGGAUAACAAGGUCGCGCGCGUCCGUCAUGCGCCCAGAACUACCACGCCAUCUGACAGGCGCGUCCUCCGAAUCCUCGGGAAGUAAUGAGUCCACGUUUUCUGCGCUAGACAUGUCGAGAUCAUCUACACAAACAGAUAUAUCCAACAUGGCAGCUAGCUCGGACCAGGUCAAAUACCCUGCUGGUAGCAGUACUCCGACCCGACCCGGCCAAGGAGCGCAUUUUGUGUCAUCGCCAUUGUCAUCGCCACCGCCGGUUCUUUUUGACCCCUACGAUCGGUCGGAUGAGCCCACCGACCCUAGCUCUGAUUGUUCCGCCUCUGAGGAAUCGGAUUCCGAAGACGACCAGGGCGCGAAUUUCCUUAGUUCUCAAACAUCACAGGCACGGCUACGGACCAUGAAGGGGCGGGACCUUUUCGACUGCAAUAUUUGGUCAGAUCCCCUCAAAACGUCCGUCUUCUAUCGAUUUGCCACGACUCUGAGGCAGAAAGUCAGGGAAGUCGAACCAACAACCACACACCAAUUCAUUGCCCGCCUGCGAGACAUCGGAAAGCUGAGUAGAGUAUACACUCAGAAUAUCGAUGAGAUCGAGAAAAAGAUUGGUCUGUCGACAGAUCUCAAGGUGGGGGCAGGUAACAAGCGGAGAAAAUCAGCCAAGCAGCAACAAUUGGCGGAAACCGAAAAGGGUGAGAGAGACGAAUUGGACCAAUUCAAAGAGGAAGAUGAUUCUAGCGGAAAAGACGCCUCCCAGUCAUCACAGGCCACGGAGAACGGGGAUAUGACCAAGUCCCGUUUGAGCAGUGCUGCAGAGAAAGGCGUCGAGUGCGUCUUUCUCCAUGGCUCACUCCAGGCUCUUCGAUGCUUUCAAUGUGCUCGACUUUGCGAUUGGGAUGCAGACGAUCGAGAAGCUUUGACCAUGUCUGGAGAGCAACCUGAGUGUCCUCAUUGCGCUGGCGCCACCGCAGCACGUCAAGAAAAGGGUAAAAGAGCUCUCGGCGUCGGGAAGCUGAGGCCGGACAUAGUCCUCUACGGAGAAGAGCAUCCGCAGUCUGACCUGAUCUCACCCAUUGUUCAGCAUGAUCUUUCCAUCGGCCCUGAUUUGUUAUUGGUUCUCGGAACGAGUCUCAGGGUUCAUGGCUUGAAGGUCAUGGUUAGAGAGUUUGCCAAAGCUGUCCAUCAGAAAGGCGGCAAAGUUGUGUUCAUCAACUUCACGAAGCCAUCUGAGAGCAUAUGGGGUGACAUCAUUGACUAUUGGGUUCAAUGGGAUUGUGACGCUUGGGUCGACGAUCUGAAAGAGCGUAAACCAACACUCUGGAUGUCUCCAGACGCGAUCGUGGAAUACGAGAAGCUUAAGCGUGAAGGGCUAGCGGAAAAGAAGCGGGAAGCUGCUUCCAUCAAGAAGCGCGAAAGCAUGGGCGAGAAGAAACGGGAGAUCAGUAAUGAGACCAAGAGGCGACCUACGGUUCAAAUCUUGGAAGACAGGCCAAGACCAAAGGAGACACCAGUUCCAGUGCCCAUUCCGUUUGGCUUUUCCAUCCUAGCACUGCAAUCCGAACCAAAACCUGAACCCAAAACCAAACCGAAAGCUAAGCCUGACCUUGAACCCGAACCCGAACUUGAGCUGAAAGCAUCCACGAAGUCUAAAGAGCCUGCAAAAAAUCCACAAGCCGAGAGGAAUGACUAUAACUGCGGUGCUUAUUGUAUGGGCAGGAUCGCUGAAGCAUUUUACAUGGUUCGUGGAGAAAAGUUCGACUUCUUUGGAUAUACUGCUCCCACAAAACCACCGGCACCCACUUUGCCGGCUGUUUCAAACUCUGGCCCAGCAAGAAAGCCGGCUGUCAAAGUGCAGAAGCCUAGGUAUUCUGCUCCAGCUAUUCUUCCUACUCGGCAAGAGCCGGUGCCGAACACGAAACGCCGUCGUCGACCUGCAGUCAAAGAAAGUGUUCUUUUUGAUUCCCUUGAUAAGAACAAGUUGAAGAACGCUGCUUCCGAGCUCUCGAGUGCUCAAAGGCCGCAGACGCCGCACCGUGUUGCAGAGUUAAGGGGGUUUCAGAGCCAUAGAGGAACCAACCCUGACUACUUAUUCUCCGAAUUUCGAGUGCGGUCGCCAGGGACUCUCCUGCCGGCAUUUACGGGCGAGCCGUCCGUUCCUGCGCCGGCUAGACAGCUGACUGAAGUGGCAUCACCAGCUGGUACUACCUCCAAAGCCGAGCGAGAAGCUGGAACUUACCAGCCAUCGGCGACCGUCAGUGCUGCUGUCAAGUCGAAUCCUCGUAAGCGCAAGCCUACAGCUAAAGCUCAAAAUUACGUCCCGUCUACUCCUGUACCUGCUGCUCGGACGCGCGCGACUUCGGCUACGACCCGAUUGCCUAUCAUGGAUCAGGAGAAUAUUCUUCCUCCUUUUCGUGUUGGCAAAGACCUUCUAGCGGGCCCACGGUUAGCUACGAUGGAACCAGCUUUGAAUCCUUCACCUCCACAUAGCCCGCUAGAUCAGACACCACUGGCUUCCUUGUCGCCUAAUCAGCGUAGGUUUAGCCUACAACAUCUUCAGCAUCCAAUGAUGCUCAGCUCUCCAUUGAUUACGCUGACGUUUACACUUCGAAAGUCGUCAACACCUAGUCCGUCACAACAACUUGAAGAGGAAGCUGCGGUCGCGUUAACCGGGAUGCGAAUGUGUCGUUAGGGGCCUAUAAACUCAAUCUGCGGCGCCUGGCAGGGAGAGAGUAUGUGUCGAAAACCUCAAAUACCUGAGAUUUCAUGCACCAAAAUACCCUUACGGAGCAUAUAUAGAAGUGGAAAU